CCAAGGUUCUCUCUCUCUCUCCUCUCCCCCCUCUCCCCUCUCCCCUCUCCUCCUCCAUCAACCGUCCUUCCAAUGCCCCGUCAUUCAUGAUUGGGUCUCCUGCUCAGCGCCUCUCCGUCCAGGUCCGGACCCUGGCCGACAGCUAUCUCUCGCGAGCAUUGUCUCGGCGUGCUUCGAGCCUCGCCCACGCCGUCCCCGACGAUCUGCGCCCCGUCAAGCGCCGCGAGUUCCACGACUACUUCGUCACCCAUCUGCCCUCGUCCUCUCUGCAUCCGGACGCCCGAGGCCCGCUGGCCCCCUUCCACAAACUCCCCCGGUCGGAAUCCGUCCCCCAUACGGGCCAGAUCUCGCAUUCCCCGACCUCAUUCCAGCCGCUCGUCGACCGCGACACCACCGUCGUCCGCAUCCCGCUACGCAGCGCCAAACACCACUUUGGCGCCCACUCCUCGCGCGGCACCCGCUCCUACAAUGAAGAUACCUACCAGGCCGGCGUCAUCGACCUGCCCGCCUUCGCCAAGCGACCCCCGGCCUCCCUAACCAUCCGGCGACGGGCGGGCGAGCCGGAGCCCCGCGAAAGCCGUGGCCGGGACACCGCCAGCGGCGAUCCGCAGGUCUUCUACUUCGGAAUCUUUGACGGCCAUGGCGGCUCCGAGUGCAGUACCUUCCUGAAGGACUGGCUCCACGAGUACAUCCAAGACACGGCCGCCGCGUUCGAGCUGCGGUCCAGUCUGCAACGCGACCACGGCGGUCAAUUUCCCUGCGGCGCCGACCCCGCGUCGGGCGCCCUCCCCAUCGUGCAGGGCGGCAACGCGAAACGCAUUGCCGAGCUGGAGAAGAUUCUGGUGAAGAACUGGCGCACCCUGGUCGGGGGCUACUUCAAGCGGUUCGUACCGGCUCACUUCUCGCACAUCGGCAAGAGCGUCUUGCCGGAGGGCCAGGGCCAGGGCGAAGGCGAGUGCGAGAGCAAGGGCGUCACCAUCGAGGAGAUCCUGGAGUAUGCGUUCCUACGGACGGACCUGGAGUUCGUGUCGGCGCAAGCGGCGCGCCGCGACGACGAGUACAUGAAGGUCGGCGAGCUCGUCCACCAGGACGACAUUCUGUACGGGACCAGCCACCCGCGAUCGCUGAAUCUCGGCGGCGCCAGCCGGUUCAAGGGCGGCAGCACGGCCAGCGUGGCGCUCAUCUCGACCCCGACCCCGAUGCCGUUCUGGCACCCGAACGCCCCGUCCAGCCUGCUGGUGUCUCACGUCGGCGACACGCGCAUCCUCCUGUGCUCGACGGAGACCGGGCUCGCCAUCCCUAUCACCUCGAACCACCACCCCUCUUCCCCCAUCGAGGGCAGCCGACUCCGGCGCUACGCCGCGACGUUCGUGACGGACUCGUUCGGCGAGGAGCGCAUGAGCGGGCUGGCCAACACGCGGGCCUUUGGAGAUGUGCAGUCCAAGCGGAUCGGCGUGUCCGCGGAGCCCGAGAUCCACCGCAUCGAGAUGGCGCCGGCCGAGUACUCGUUCCUGGUGCUCAUGACGGACGGGGUCAGCGGCACGCUGCUGGACCAGGAGGUGGUCGACAUCGUCAAAGAGGCGCGCACGCCCGACCAAGGCGCCCGCGACGUCGUCAGCUUCGCCACGGAGGUCACCCGCGAGGGCGACAACACGACGUGUCUGGUGGUGCGGCUGGGCGGGUGGGAGCGUCGGCAGGAAGGCGGCUUGGGCAGUCUGGGGACCAAAGAGUCGCGCGAAUGGCGGAGACAAGAAGCGACAGAUCCGCGCCGGUCACGGAGAUGAUGAAGAUGAGAAGACUUUAGAUAGAAAUUGCCUUGUAUAUACAUUCUUAUUGAUUUGAUGAAGCUGGGAUGGAUGGAUGGGAUGCGUGUGGGAGGGAUUGAUUUUUUUUUUGUGUGUACAUAUGCUGUCGUUGAAC